AUACGAAGCUGGUUUGAUUGUCUGCGGUAGGAUUUUGGUAAAAACAUACCUCAGUAGUUAAAGAAUGCGAAUUUCAGAAGGAGUCGUAAAUGCGAACUUGCUUUAAUUCAGUAUGCAAAUGACUCGCAAUUUUCCCGUCAGAAGCGAACAGAAGCGGCAGUUUUGAACCUGGUUCCGUCUGCUUCGUGUUUUGUUACAAUAUGCGAGCGUGCUGAUGCUUUACGGAACGAACACGAAGAAUUGGAAGGAUGACAUUGUCCACACUCGUCAUGUGAAGUGAAGCGAUGUUUUGAAGGCUUGUGUGACUUUAAGUUUCAACUUGUCACGUAUGUUAAUCACGAUUACAGCAACUCCAGCAAUAUAAUCUUUUUCUCAUUUCUGAACUUUUCUUCGAUAGAAAUCCUGUAGCUAAGCUUUUCCGUUUUGGUGGCCCUUUCUUCCCAAGCAUAACGAGCUUUUUAAAUAAACAUGGGGAUCAUUCCUUCAAAGAAGAAAAAGAGCAUUAAAUCGCAGAAUGGAACAAUUAAGAGGCCGACGAUUGAAGUGAAAGAGGACAGUUCCUGGUUGAAUAUGGGAUUCAAGAUAUUCAAGGAAAUGAUGGGAGAGGAAUUGUUUGAGCAGAAGAUGGAAGAAGCUGAUGAGCCUCCACCAGAACCUGGACCCUUCAGUUCGUCACAAAUGGCACUCUAUAUUAAAAAAUAUCAAACAGGAUUUACUCUUAAAUCACUGACUCAUCCUAAAGGUGUUGGAGCAACUGGAGCACUAACAAUCCUCAACAAUCCUCUCCUCCCUGUGCAAGAUUUCUUCACUCCCGGACGAGUCUUCCCAGUCCGCGUCCGCCAUUCUAAUCUGCUCAGGUUAGAUGACACUGAACUGGACGCGAGGGUCGUGUCUGUGAAGUUUGCCGACAGCGAUAUCGAGUCACCGUUCGAUCUGAUGCUGCAUACGGGUGAAGAGGCCGCGUUUUGGAGCAUCUUUAGCUUUGAUAAGAUGCUUAAUGCUUUAAGUAAAGGCACCAAGACCUUUGAAGAGUACUGCCUCGAAGAUCCUUGGCACUUUCAUUUGGCCAUAGAAGCUUUUCGACGAGCGCCUGCUUCCUUUACUGACCAGCGGUACUACUCGUGGCUGCCGUUACAAUUCAAAGCCAAAGAUGGUGUUCCGCGUUACGCAAAGUUUCGCCUCGUUCCUGCGGAUGGCAGGGAAGAGACUGGACUGAUGACGGAGGAAGACCAACGAAAACCCUGGGAAACUUCUCGAUGGAGCAGCGAAGUAAGACCUCGCGACUAUCUGACUGCUGAUUUUGAAGAGCGCAUGUCAGGAGACGGCAUUCAAUACAAGCUUCAAAUACAACUACAUGAAAUACAACCUGACGACUCCCACCUCGUUCUCCACCCCGCAAGAGCCUGGGACCACGCCACUCACCCAUGGCUUGACCUCGCUGACGUAAGACUGGCUUCACUAUUGCCACUUGACGUAACAGAAUGUACACGUUCCUCCUUAGAAAAUAUGCCUUUGUCUUUGUCACUUCCACCUGCAAAGACCAUUUACGACUACACUUCCAUCGCACAUCUGAGAUCCAAAUUUCUCUCUGAUCCUGGCAAGAAGUGCUCCAUAAGGCGUCCUUCUAAACUGGGAAGCGAAGGGCUCUCCAUCUAUUGCAUUUCAGUGUUCACUGGAGACCGGAAAAAAGCUGGUACCAACGCUAAUGUGAUGCUCACAAUUACUGGCACUAAGGGGAGAACAACACCCCUUCUAAUGGACAAAUGGCUUCACGAUGACUUUGAAGCGGGACAAGAAGAUACAUAUAUUUUGGAUGCGGAGGAUGUAGGCGAACUUUUGAUGAUAAAACUAGACAAUGAUCAGGGUGGACUAUUUAGUGACUGGUUUGUAGAGAAAGUGAUGAUCACCUGCAGCCAAGAUCCUCAGAGGCUCUACGAAUUCCCUUGUGGUCGAUGGGUGCAGAGUGAGUCGAUCUUCUUUGAAGGAAAAGCACUGCUAGUUACAGAUGAACAGCACGAAUCGGUGCGAAACCAAAGACGACUGGAAAUUCAACAGAGACAAGAACUGUUUCAGUGGGGAGACGACCCUGCGUUUUCUGGUCUUCCAGGAUAUAUCAAGGCUGAAAACAACAAAUCGCUUCCUAAAGAUGUCCAGUUUACCCAGGAAGCUGUUGACGACCUUCACAACGCCAAACAUAAAGGACUGGUUAAUCUUGGUCUGAUCAAAUUAUUGCAUAUCUUUGAUUCUUGGGACGACUUUGAUGAUUACCGUAAGGCGUUCGUCUCUUUCGUUGGCAACGUCCCAUUGGCAGCCGACCAUUGGCGGGAUGACUGUUUCUAUGGAGCGCAGUUCUUGAAUGGCUGUAACCCGGAGACGAUCAAGCGAUGCACGGAGCUGCCCUCAAAAUUCCCAGUCACGCAGGAGCUGAUCGGCAACCUUCUUGAUGAGGGUUAUACGCUGGAGAAGGCAAUACAGGAUGGCCGUGUUUACAUGGUUGAUUACGAGAUUCUGGAAGGCAUCCCAUUUUAUGGCCACAACGAUGAGAGUAUAGAGAAUCGCUACACGUGCUCAGCAUUGGGCUUGUUCUACGUCAAGGGCAGUGCUGAUAUAGUACCCAUAGCUAUUCAGUUUCAUCAGGUACCGAGUGACACCAAUCCGAUAUGGACUCCGAAUGACUCUGAACUAGACUGGAUCUACGCCAAGAUGUGGCUUCGUAAUGCGGACACCCAGUACCAUCAGAUGAUCACGCACCUUCUUCGCACUCAUCUGUUUAUGGAGCCGGUCUCCCUUGCCAGCUGGAGAAAUCUACCCUCUCUCCACCCCGUGUGGAAAUUAUUGAUUCCUCAUGUGCGAGGAGUUCUCGCUAUCAACACUCUUGUAAGAGAAAGGUUGAUUCCUGCUGGGGGAGUCGCAGACAACACACUUAGUCUUGGGGGCGGAGGUCACAUUCAGCUCAUGGAGAAGUACUACAAGGACAGUAAUUGGUGUUCAUAUGACCUGCCCAAGGUCUUAAAGGAUAGAGGAGUAGACGAUCCAGAGAAACUGCCAGGCUUUUACUAUCGGGACGAUGCCUUGAGGCUUUGGAAUGCCAUCAAGGACUACAUCAAGAGGAUCCUCUCGAUUUAUUAUCAUUCCGAUGAGGACAUUGAGAAGGACACAGAGAUUCAAGCCUGGAUCCUGGAUCUUCAUAAUAACGGCUACGCCCUCCGGGAAGGACAGACAGACCAUGGCAUCCCGUCAUCCCUCACAAGCAUUGAACAGUUGACUCACCUGCUGACCAUAGUCAUCUUUACGUGCGCCUGUCAGCACGCAGCUGUCAACUUUUCUCAGAUGGACUCACUUGGUUUUCCCCCGAGUUCUCCCGCCCUCAUGCGACAACCACCUCCGACGGAAAAAGGAAAACUGACCAUGAAAGAUAUGAUGAAAAGUCUCCCUACCAAGCACCAGACAGGUGUUACUAUAGUAACGCUGUACGAUUUGACUCGCAUAUUUCCUGAUGAGCGUUUCCUUGGUGACUAUUCUGAUGGCUCCUUUACAGACAUGGCUGCCAGAGAGGCCAUUUUGCGCUUCCAAGGAAAACUGAACAGAAUUACGGUGUCCAUAAAGAAAAGGAACGAGACUUUGAAAUUUCCUUACACGUAUUUGCUUCCAGAGAGGGUGCCAAAUAGUAUCGCCAUUUAGACUGCGUCGAUGGUUCCUCGACAACGCGUGUAAAUUUGUAUAUGAAUUAACCCAAAACGAACUAAUUAAUGUAAUAAAUCACGGCCAACUUACUUUGUACGAUGGUAAAGAGGACAAACGAAAUCUUUUAGGUACAAUUAAUUGCAUUACUACCAUAUGUAGGAUUGCUUAGGAUUUGCUAAAAAAACAACUGUUUGUUUACGUUCUUUCUUUCGGCUAGGUUUACACCAGAGCGCAAGUAAGGUACAUAUAUAUUUUUAAAAUUCGUCAUUUUUAAAGGCGUUUCAAUUUCAAAUCGAUGGAUCCGUUGGCAUAUGAAUCCAAGGUUACCUUACAUUUUGUUUCCAUCAGUAUCAAAAGAAAAGUUGAAUAUUUCCAUACAUGCUCAGUAGGACAUGUAAAUCUACCACCAGCAAAUUAAGCAAAGGACCGUCUAAGACAUGAGACGAUGAUCUCGUCUCUCCUCUGAGAAAAUUAUAUUUUUAUAUACGUGAGAAAUGCAAUAUUGAAAUUUUUACAAUACAUAGGAGUCCCACCCCCACCCGCUUUUCCCGCCCCUGCACAAGUUAACGUUUUAGCUUGUUAGCGUUUCAGACUUUCACCCCCAGGGGGAGACUUUCAUAUAACAAGGGCGGGGGUGCUCGUCGGAAAUUUUUAAAAGAACCCCUG